GUGCAUUUGAGCCAAGCGCCAAGAAGAGGCGGAGGAGGCGGUUUUAGGUCUGUCUCUCCCCCCCUCCUCCCGGUCUGGGCGGGUCGACCCCCCUCCCCGAAGCCUGGCAAAGGAGGGGGCGAGCGGGCACGCAAUCCCCGGGCCGGGCUGGAGACGCGCCACCAAACACGCAGGCUGGCGCGCUCUGCCUCGCCUGCCCGCCUGCCUUCCCCGCCCGCUCCUCGGAGUUGGCACGGAGCAAGCAGGUGCCAUGGGAGCUGGCCCUGAGCAAGCCGGAGCCGGCGGCUGAAGCCCCCCCACUUGCGGCACCAAAGGGCCCCCCCACCCUCUGCAAGCUUCCCGGGCGGAGAGAGCCCAAGAAAGGCAAGUAAGUCAGCCACCAUGGGUUCCGUAAGAGGAGACCACUUCAAAGACAUCAGCCCUGUGAUCACACCCGAGGGAAACGUAGUGAUGAGCUUCAGUUUUGACAGCUACCAGCUGGAAGAAGAGGAGCUCCAAGCCAAAGGGUGUCAGGCCAAAGGAGUUCUCACGUUCAUGGAGCCAGGUACAGCCUGUGAAAACCCCGAACCUCAAGAUCGCUACCAUGGUAUUUAUUUUGCUAUGCUGCUUGCCGGAGUUGGUUUCCUCUUGCCUUAUAACAGCUUUAUUACAGAUGUGGACUAUCUUCAUCAUAAGUAUCCAGGGACGUCUAUUGUAUUUGAUAUGAGCCUUACCUACAUCUUGGUAGCCUUGGUGGCCGUAAUCCUCAACAACGCCCUGGUGGAGAUGUUGAGUCUCCACACCAGGAUCUCUGUAGGGUAUCUUUUUGCAUUGGGGCCGCUUCUCUUCGUCAGCCUCUGCGACGUCUGGUUGGAGCUUUUCACCCGGCAGCAAGCCUACGCCAUCAACCUCAUCGCGGUGGGCGUGGUGGCCUUUGGCUGCACAGUGCAGCAAUCCAGCUUCUACGGAUACACCGGGAUGUUGCCCAAGCGUUACACACAGGGGGUCAUGACCGGCGAGAGCACGGCGGGCGUGAUCAUCUCUCUCAGCCGCAUCUUCACCAAGCUCCUGCUGUCGAACGAGAAGGAGAACACCAUCAUCUUUUUCUUCAUCUCCAUCAGCCUUGAGCUGACCUGCUUCAUUCUCCACCUCCUGGUGAAACAGACACAGUUUGUGAAGUAUUACACGGCACGGUCACGGGACGGGGCGCCCGAGUUCAAGGGGGCUGCAGGGGACCCCGGCACCGGGUACCGGGUCCACCACGACGUCACAGCGGAAGACGUCCGAUUUGAAAACCGACCUCGUGGGUUAGAGGGCUCCCCACCAGACACCUUCGAGCAAGAAGGAUCGCUGGCUGGCAGUGGCACCUAUGUGAGAUUUGACGUCCCACGUCCCAAAGUGAAAAGGAGUUGGCCCACCUUCAGAGAUAUGAUGCUCCACCGCUACGUCGUUUCCCGGGUGAUCUGGGCCUAUAUGUUAUCCAUAGCGAUGACUUACUUCAUCACACUGUGCCUCUUUCCUGGACUGGAGUCCGAAAUCCGGAACUGCACCCUGGGGGAGUGGCUCCCCAUCCUUAUCAUGGCGAUCUUCAACCUCUCAGACUUUGUGGGCAAGAUACUGGCUGCCUUGCCUUAUGACUGGAGGGGGACCCACCUUCUCAUCUACUCAUGUCUGCGAGUCGUCUUCAUCCCGCUGUUCAUCAUGUGCGUGUACCCAAGCGGGAAGCCCACCUUUGGCCACCCAGCCUGGCCCUGCGUCUUCUCCCUGCUCAUGGGGAUCACCAACGGUUACUUUGGCAGCGUCCCCAUGAUCCUUGCAGCAGGCAAAGUGAGCCUGGAGCAGCGGGAACUGGCAGGUAACACCAUGACGGUCUCCUACAUGACCGGGCUGACGCUGGGCUCCGCCGUCGCCUACUUUGCUUAUAGCCUCACCAGCACGUCUCACAGCACCUGCUUCCACUCAGAAACCUACAACGGAUCCAUCUUGGCAGGGUACUGAACCGGGCUUCCUUUGGCCACCACAGGCAAGUGAGGGAGAAAGAGCGGGUGUGAUUGGCCUUCGACCCUGUGGGACCAGUCCAAGACGUUUACGAUACCGCAGAUGGAGUAAUCAAAAUGACAUCCCGUGCCCAUCCAUUGAAUCUUAAUGUUGGAAGUCCCGUCCGCCAGGAAGUUGUCCAGCAUGUGCUGUGUUGGACUAACAGGAGUGACCUAUGAGUUCACCAGCAGGACUUCCACCAGAUUUGGCCCACAGUCCCAAUCUGUCUUUCACUGCACCACCCUCAGCGGCACCCACAACGGCCUGAAGCAGCCCCUGACUUGCCCGCCUUGUGCUGUUUGGGUACCUGGCCGAUCACUGGACAAAUACAUAAUGUUAUCCUCUGUCUGGCUGUUGUGGGGUUUUGGCUGUGAAAGCCUUCGACAAUACAUUUUCCGCCAGCC